AUGCUUCCUUUUGCUGUGCUGCUGAUCUUAGUGCCAAGGGCUUUCGGUGCAAGCUGUGGAGGAUCUGGAAUUCCGUUUCGAUUCGAGGUGUUGCCAUCGGGCGCUCCAGUGCUAGGUUGUGCCGCUCCCUCUUGUUUUGGUGGCGGCGAUGGAGGAAAUGGAGCUCUCCACGACUCAAAGUUCCAGCUCUCUCCAGAAGGUGACGAUGGCUUUUUUCGAGAAGGAGAUCUUCAACGCUCACGGUCGCGACUGUAUUCGGCAGCCGCUCAACAGGCUCUCUGCCCAUCAGGCUUUGAUUCGCAGUCCUGCAACAAUGAAAGAACAUGGGUUGGCGGCUUCUUGGCCAGUCCCGAUGGAAGUCUCCGCCUCCAGUGCUGCUCUUAUGACGGCUUGCGAUUCGCCGAAGAAGUUGGACGUCCAAUUGUUCACAGUGGGGAAGUAUAUAGCGGAGGAGAAGUGCUUCGUGAUGGAAGACAAACAGGCUUCGAUUUGAUCUCCAACGUGAAGAGAAUUGAUGCUUCUGACGGAAACGUUGCCUACGAACUCACUGUUGUGCGUAUGAACUGCCUUCCAGAUCCAGCCGAGCCCACUAAUGAUGUCGACAUCGACACCAACGAAAUCAGCCGCAUCCUUGACAAGGUCGGCGACGUUCGAGCGCAGGAGCCUGCUGCAAUUGCACAAGUCGGUGAAACCAUCCAACAACGACCAGAUAGUUACCAAGUGGCCAAAGUAGCUGAGCCAGCGCAAGUUGAAGAUGGCGAAGAAAUCGUCCAGGUUGGAGAGCAGGUUAUUCCGGUUACGUCUGCCGGCUACUAUUAUCCCGUUGCAUCCGGGGUGCCAGCGUGUUUUACGGGCGAUACGCAAGUAGAAACCCCGUCGGGAUAUAAAAGGAUGGACGAACUAAAAAUCGGAGACCUUGUCUUGACUGCUGAGAGGAACUCGACACUCUUCACUCGCGUUAUCUCGUUCCUCCACCGACUUCCGAGUACAGCUGCGUCCUUUAUCAAAGUCGAAUCCGAUGAGAUUACACUGAAGCUGACGCCUCAACACUUCAUUUAUAAAGUAGAUUGUGAUAACGCUGAUUACAAUAUCGAAAUGGUGUACGCUGAAGAUCUGAAAGCAGGAGACUGCCUCUACCGAGCUCAAGCUGACUCUUUGCAUAAGACUUUUGUCCAUGCUGUCUCGAUCGUGCAAGAACGUGGAGUUUAUGCUCCGAUGACGGAGUCAGGUGAUCUCUUAGCCAACGACAUCUAUGUAUCCUGCCAUAAUGUGGUUAAAAGCAAUACAUUAGCUCAUACAUAUCUCGGCUUUGUUACUGCUGUACAAAGAAAGAUGCGAUCUUUGUUCGGAGGAGCUGAUAAUGGGCAUCUUCCAACGACGACAGAGUUCUUCUUGAACAUGGUCGACUACAUCAUUCCCACGAUAUCAAAGUUCGAACUGUAA